UUUAUAAAACAUGGAACUGCCCGGCGCAGGCAGAGCAUUUCCGGUGAAUUUAGCGUUUGUUGAUUGUUGAUAUAUAAUUUGGCUCUUUGCCUUUGGGCUCCCAAGAAAAGUCUCGUCUUGCUGAAGUACUCUGACGACAAUGGCAACGAGUAUUGAUGUGAGAGAUAUCCUGGAGCUGGACUCUGGUCAGGGAGCCAGUGAAUAUGUCACGAAAGAAUCUCUCAUGAAUGAUGGAAAGAAGAAAAAAGUGAAGAAACCUGAUGCAGCCACAAAGCGUCCGGAGGGAAUGCACCGCGAGCUGUGGGGACUGCUACACAAUGACUCUCGCUACCAAACAGAUGCCCCACCAAUCAUCCCAUCAGACUCUAAACAAGGCUACAAACAGAUGAAAGCUCGCAUUGGCAGCAGUAAAGUUAGGCCUUGGAAAUGGAUGCCUUUCACAAAUCCAGCCAGAAAAGAUGGAGCUGUGUUUUACCACUGGGGACGAGUUGCUGACGAGGGCAAAGACUACCCUUUUGCCAGGUUUAAUAAGACAGUGGAUGUGCCAGUCUUCUCAGAUCUGGAAUACCAGCAACAUUUGCAUGAUGAGAACUGGACCAGACAGGAAACAGACCAUAUGUUUGACCUGUGCAAGAGGUUUGAUGUGCGUUUUAUAAUUGUCCACGAUCGCUGGGACAGAGACAAGUACAGGGAUCACAGUGUUGAAGACCUCAAGGAGAGAUAUUACAAUGUUUGCAAUAUUCUUUCAAAGGUGAGAGCCCCUCAGGGCACUGAGCCUAAAGUGAAGGCAUUUGAUGCUGAGCAUGAGAGGAGGAGAAAACUGCAGCUCACCAAACUGUUUGACCGAACUCAGGAACAGGUGGAGGAAGAAGAUUUCUUGAUAGGGGAAUUGAAAAAGAUUGAACUGCACAAGAAGGAACGAGAGAAGAAACAGCAAGAUCUGCAGAAGCUCAUCACUGCAGCAGAUAGCAAUGCAGACAACAGGAAAGCAGAACGGAAAAACACAAAGAAAAAAAUCCAGGCACGAGAGCUGAAGCUGAAAGAUGGUGGGAUGACUCCAGAGCCAGGUGGAAUCAAAUUUGCAGAUUUCAAGGCAUCAGGAACAAGUUUACGCAGUCAAAGAAUGAAAUUGCCAGCAACAGUUGGGCAGAAGAAAUCAAAGGCAAUUGAGCAAGUAUUGGAGGAACUUGGACUUGAGUUCAAUCCCAUGCCGACAGAAGAGAUCGUGAGUGGCUUCAACUCCCUGCGGCAAGACAUUGUGUUACUGUAUGAGCUGAAGUUGGCAAUGUCCACGUGUGAAUACGAACUGCAGACCCUGAAGCACAGACAUGACCAGCUGGGGUCUAAUAAGAGUGGUGGGUCUGUGUCCAGCUCACUGUUGCCAGCGACCACCCCGAAAAGUAGCACCCUGGACAGCCCCACGGUGGAGGACAUCAUCGGAGACACAAGUCAGGACAGCACUGUCAGCUCGUCCACCAAAAGGAAGCUUCUCAUGGACACCAUUGAUGUCGUGGGAACUUCCACCAGUCCAAAUAAAAAGAGGAAGGCUGCAAUAGAACAAAGCAAUGUUCUCAAGAAAAUCAAACAGAAAAUGUAAAAUGUGUCUAUGUGUUCGGAUCCUUUUCCGAACAAAUGUAAAUAAAAAUGUAUAUAUAUGUUAAAA